AACGCGAACGGACUACCAUAGCUCCUAGCACCGCGCCGUUAUUUGAAGUAAAAUGAGGCAACAUCAAAUAUUGAUCCACGCUCGAUUUAUAUUUGUUGUUCUUUCUCUAUCUAUGCGUCUCCAAUGUCUCUGCCAGUAGUAUUGCCUGGAUCUUGUUGUCGUUUUACCGGGGCUUCGUUGGCCCCUCAGUUACAAGACACAGCAUAUAGAAGUCGCAACCGCUUCAUGUCCACUGUUCCGUCGCGUAUGCCUGGAUCUCAAUCGCGGCUGAUUCCGGCACUGCUACCCGGUCGCCCCCUGCUCUCUCUCGGACUACUGCAGCUUGUUCUCGGCUGCUCCAUGGUGGCGCUCUCUUUCGGGGCUCUAUCCCUCAGCAACUCGCCUCCCAUACGGACUUCGUGUCCGUUUUGGGCAGGGUCAUCUGUAAUUCUCUCUGGGAUAAUAGGUCUAACAACAUGGAGACGGCCAAUGCUUCUUCUGGUGAAUUUGUUUGUUCUGCUAUCAGUGAUAUGUGUCCUGUUAAACUUGGCUGGGUUCAUUCUCUGCUGUCAGGGUGCACAGCUGGUCUCUAACACCACUCAUUGCCAGCUGAGCGAACUCGGAGACAUCUGUAACUGCUGUUCAGAGAGUCCCACCACGAAAUGUCCAGAAGAGAAACUGCUGAAAAUCUAUCCAGGACACUCAUGUGGAACAAUGAGAGUUCUGCUGAAGAAAGUUCUGUUUGCACUGUGUGCACUUAAUGCCCUGGCCACAGCAGUAUGUCUGGUAGCUGCUGCUCUCAGGUAUCUCCAGAUCUUCACUGCCAGACGGCCCUGCACGGAGGAGCCAAGGUCAAUUCCAGAGGAAGGAGAGGAACCAAACAAUGUCCCUGACCCAGACGAGUUCGUUCCGCCUGCCCCACCUCCAUCUUACUUCUCCACCUUUUACUCCUACACACCGCGACUGGCUCGCAGGAUGUUUGGUGACAGUGUUAUUCCUCUGCCGCACAUAUACGGUGCCAGGAUAAAAGGUGUGGAGGUUUUCUGUCCGCUAGAUCCUCCACCUCCGUACGAGGAGGCCACAGCAGGGACAAACCCACCCCCAGCACAGGAAACGGAGAUUCAUGUGACUAAUCUGACAGAGGGGCUCACAGAGUGCUCCGAGGCAGAAACGUCUGUUGAUGACAGGUGCCUCCAAACGACACAGCUGAGCUCCACACCUCCUGUACAGCCCAGACACACACACGCCUCUGCGUCUGGCGGCAGGAGACAGCACCGGCAGCGCCUCCGCAGGUCCAACAGUGACCCUGUUCUGAUGGACCUGGCCGCCAAAGUGAUGAGCUGCGAGGCAGCCACACAAACAGAGCUCGGCCCGGGGGGACCAGGGGGGCAGGGAGUCCCGGCAGGGGAGCCAGGAGUCUCGGUGCAGCCUACGGUGACCCUCCGUCGGGGCCGUGGCCCACGCAGACCUCGCCCCUCCUCUAUGGUGGACUACCAGAGCUACAGAGAUACCAAGCUACUGGUGGCCCGGUUCUUGGAGCAGUCUUCCUGUAGCCUCACCCCCGAGGUUCAGGAGCUGGUUAACAGCAUUAAGAGCGUCCUGCGUUCUGAUGAGGAACAUAUGGAGGAGGCAGUGCGAUGUGCCAGCUUCAUCGACCAGGUUAUAACUGUUUCGGAAACUGCUCAGACCGAGCAAAGCAGGCAGAUGAGGCAGGGGAACCAGGUUGUCUGCACCUCUAACACGCUGCCCCUGAGGAAAAGGCCGGGUUUGCUCCAUCUCCGCAGCUGUGGUGACCUGAGCACGUUCACCUGGGCAGACUUGCAGGAUCGUAGGCCAGCACCUCGGGCAGGUUCACGCGCGGGGUCCCGUGCAGGCUCACGCAUGGAACAGGAACGCCCCCACAGUCUGAUUGGAGUGUUCAGAGAGACUGUUCUCUGAAAGGACCUGUCAGUCAUACAGACAUUUAAAACACUAAAAGCGGACAUAAGAGCGCCCUCUAGGGUACAGGAGUAGCAGAAAUUAUAGCAGAAAUAAUCAUGAGGGCUGCAGUUGCAAAUGAAGUGUUGA